AUGGGUGUCUUGUCCCGGCGGGAGCCGCUCUCUCCACCGAAGCUGCGUGAGUGGUUUGCUCGGCGCUGGAGCUGUGCUGUUGGAGCUGGAGGUCAUGCUGCUACUGGAGCUGCUAGAGGCACUGGGGCCGCUCGUCCCGGAGGUGCUCGUACUGGAGGUACUGGAGCUGCUGGGGCUGGUGGUGUUGUAGGAGUUGGAGCUGGAGUCGCUGGAGCUGUUCCUGCUGGAGGUGCUGCAGGUGCUGGAGCUAGUGGUACUGCAGGAGUUGAAGCUGGAGGCGCUGGAGCUGUUCCUACUGGUGGUGCUGCUAGUGCUGGAGCAAGUAGUGGUGCAGGAGUUGGAGCUGGAGGCACUGGAGCUGUUCCUGCUGGUGGUGCUGCUGGUGCUGGAGCUAGUGGUGCUGCAAGAGUUGGAGCUGGAGACUCUGGAGCUGGUCCUGCUGGUGGUGCUGCUGGUGCUGGAGCUAGUGGUGCUGCAGGAGUUGGAGCUGGUGACUCUGGAGCUGGGGGUCUUGGUGCUGUCUCUGCUAGUUCUGGAAGCGCUGCGCGGCCGCGGCCGUACUUUGUUCCACUCCUUCAGCAGGUUCUUGGUCUCCCGCCCUCUACUGGUACUACUCCUCCCUUAUUGUGUGCGACGCCUGACCAGUCACAGUCACAGUUACCGCGAGCCUCCCCGCUGCCUGGUCCUUCUCCUUACACUGGACCGACCGGAGGUCUUGCUGAGCGUCAUGAGCCUGCGUCUCGCCCUGCGUCACCUGUUCGCUCUGCUCGCACUAGUCGUCGUGUUCCGCGUCCACGUCCUCCUCCUGACCCUGGCACGCACCAGAUGGCACUCCGUCCUUCCUCUGUUCCACUGCGUAUACCUCUGCCGUCUCCUCCUGCGUCCUCCCUUGCUGAUGGUCCGGACCCCGAGUUUGACCCACUUCGUGUUGCCAGCCCUAUUGUCACGCGUCUGCUAGCUACUGUUGUCACUGGCCCUUCCUUUGAGUCCACUGCUCCGUCUGCCUUAGUUGCUGAGCUUGUCGACUUUGCUGCUCGCUGUCGUCUCGACUGCGUGGCUAGUCUUGUUACUGAGAGACCCGGAUGCACUAGACAUCCCGACCCCGCGCUCUUAGGCAGAGGCAAUAGAGGGUCCCUACUCCUCUCAGUGGCAGUCAACCAUGGACGCAGAGAUGGCAUCCUAGAAGUCCACAGGCACUUUUGCAACGACGUUCCCCCUCCUGGGGCGAACAUCGUCAGAAGCAUGUGGAUUUUCAGGGUGAAGCGGCCGCCGGGUUCUCCACCUUUCUUCAAGGCUCGUUACGUUGCACGAGGCUUCAGUCAGCGACACAGAGUUGACUUCUUCCACACCUUCUCCCCGACCCUGAAGAUGACCACUCUUCGGGUUCUGCUGCACGUCACCGCGCAGCGUGACUACGAGCUUCAUACUCUUGACUUCAGCACUUCCUACAGGGCAGCCUGA